AGUAAAUGACGGGUCUGUGGUGUGGAUGGCGAAGCAGCAUUCCCAGCGAAAGUCAAGCGAAAGCGAAGCAUAUGUAUCGAUAACGGAAGCAUAAUAGUGUUUUUGUUUCGAAUUGGAAGAAGAAAGAAGCAAAAGUUUUGGUGUAACGUGACAAUGGUGGCAACGAACAUGAAGGCAGAAACCAUGUCUCUGAUGGACAAGCGAAGCGCGUUGGAGGCUGAGAUGAACGCUAUCAUUGCUCGCCUCUCUCAGCCCGGUGCACCUGGUCUCUCCGGCAACCUCGUCGACUCUCAGGGCUUUCCUCGUUCGGAUAUUGAUAUUCCUGUUGUUCGAGCUGAACGACGUCGCCUUGCAGAGCUUCGUAAUGACCACAAGGAGAUGACUGCGAAAAUAAACCAAAAUAUACAAAUUCUGCAUUCAGCAAGACUUGGAACCUGGGCAUCGCCCUUCAAGAAUUCAGGUAAUGAUGAUGGUUCAGAUACUCAGAUCUCAUCAAUUGUAGACACUGUUGCAUCAAUGCCACAAAAUGUCCUUCUGAGACAGUCCCCCAACUCAAUGGAUGUGGAUGUGUUGGUUAGUAGACCUUUUGCAAUGGUAGAUGAGAUUGCAGAUGCUUCACCGGCAGUAGAGGAUGGUUUGCAACUUGGAGAUCAAAUUUUGAAAUUUGGCAGUGUAGAAGCAGGUGAUAAUUUGCUCCAAAGGCUUUCUUCUGAGGCUCAGUCAAACCUGGGUCGUGCAGUAGCAGUUGUUAUCAUGAGGCAAGGCACAGUGAUUAACUUAACAAUCACACCCAGAACUUGGCAAGGCAGAGGUCUCCUGGGAUGUCACUUUCGGAUCUUGUAGGUGCCAUGGUUUAUUCUUCUCAUAAUGGUGGUGACGGUUGUUUCUUUUGUUGCAUUUACUAUACGGAACUCUUUACCGUUUGUUAUUUCUCUUAGCAAGACUCUAUUUAUGUAAUAGAUAAUUACAGCUGACCUUCGAUUGUGGUGGUGUUUCUUCGUGACUCAAUAAUGCUAUAUCCCUUUUCUGAUCG